AUCUAGCAUUCAUUGAGAUGGAUUGAGUAUAGUGUAUAACGCGACAUAAUAAAUUCAAGUUUUGCGUUUUUUUUUUGUUUCAAAAGUUCUUUUGAAUAAUUCAAUAGUUUCUUUCACAAUCGGUCGACGAAACGUUAAGUUUAAGUUAAACAGACAAGAAAGUUCAUAAACUCAACCGUGUCUGGUGGUUGACAUAAAUUUAAAAUUAAUUAAAAAAAGUGCUGUGAUUCUGAAGAAUUGUUUUUUAAGUAGAGUUUGUUCUGCCAAUUUAUCUGUAUCAACACCGUGUAAAAACAGAAAAAAAAAGAAAAUGUUUAAGUUGAUUGAGAUCCGUCAAACUGUGUGAACUAAAGACAACGUUCAACAUGAAGGAAGAUCUAGAACUGGUGCCGUACAUAUGGCCCGCGGUGUUAUACAAAAUAGCCGAAUAUUUGAAGCGAAAGUUCGGUGAAUCGGUUACGAUUAAAUCGAGCCUUGGCGAAAUUGUCGGAGUUAAAAUGCACUCAUCGGAGGGAUUCGAUUACAUCAACUUUCUUGGUGUGCCGUAUGCAAAGCCACCGAUCGGAAGUUUGCGGUUUAAGGAUCCAGAACCGCUCGAUGCGUGGACACAACCAUUCCGUGCUUGUAGCGAGUCAACAGCCAGUCAAAAAGAUGCGGUUACAAGACGCUUCAUGGGAACGGAAGACUGCUUACACAUGAACAUUUACACGAAAGAUUUGAGUCCAAAAGUACUGCGUCCGGUCAUGGUGUUUCUGCAUGGUGGUGCAUUCAUCUUCGGGUCGAAUUCAAAAGAUGCGUACAAUCCCGAAUAUUUGCUCAGAAAAGAUGUGGUGGUCAUUGUGGUGAAUUAUCGGCUGGGCAUUUUUGGUUUCUUAUCGGUAGAUGAUCCAACUUAUGGUAUACCUGGAAACGCCGGUCUGAAAGAUCAAGUAAUGGCCUUAAAAUUUAUAAAAGAAAAUUGUGAACGAUUCGGCGGUGAUCCAAACAAUAUAACGCUUUUUGGUGAAAGUGCUGGUGGUUGCUCAGUUCACUAUCACAUGAUCUCUGAUAUAUCAAAAGGCUUGUUUCACAAAGCAAUAUUGAUGUCUGGCACAGCUCUGUGCCCAUGGUCUAUUGGACCGUUAGAAAAUGUUCCCGAACGGGUGGCGAGAUUGUUGGGAUGGAAUGGUGAAGGUGGAAUUCAUCGGGCUAUGAUGGAAUUGCAAAAGGCAUCAGUUGGGAGUCUAAUUAAGGCACAAAAUGCACUAGUGGGAAAAGAGGAGCGAAAAAAGUACAUUUUUACACCGUUUGGACCGACCAUUGAACCAUACCGUUCGGCGCAAUGUUUCAUCGACAAACAUCCAGUUUUGUUGUGCAUGAAUCCGUGGAGUCGCAAAAUACCAUUACUGAUCGGAGGAUGUUCCAGCGAAGGCCUGCUGAUAUAUAAAGUGAUUAAAAAGAAGCCACACGCCCUGACGAUUUACAGUAAAAAUGCCGAAGAAGUUGUUCCCUUUCAAAUAUUACCCGAUCGAAGCAACGAACGGUGCAAACGGUUCGGACGAGAAAUAAAGAAAUAUUAUUUCGGUCUGACCGAACCAUCCAUGGCUACAGUCGGUGCGUACAUGGCUAUGAUGGGUGAUAAAGAAUUUUGGCACGGUGUGCACAGGACAUUGUUGACUCGUAGCAGUUUCAAAGAUACUGGCGCCACCUAUCUCUACCGCUUCGACAUUGACCUAAAACAGACAAAUUACUCAAAAAUUGUCUUUGCCGGCAAGAAUCUCAAAGGUUUGGAGGGAGCGUGCCACGGGGACGAUUGCUUCUAUCUGUUCAAAAGUGCGGUUUCGGCGAAAAUGAGCCCGACGAGCAAGGAAUUUGUAGCAAUGGAUCGAAUGGUAACCAUUUGGACCAGCUUUGCUGCUAACGGCCGUCCUAGCGUUAAUUCAAUUAAACACAAUGACGUUUGGGAACCGAUUUCGCCGCAAAAACCGUUCAAAUGUCUGAAUAUUUCCGACGAGUUGAAGUUCAUCGACUUGCCGGAAUCGGAACGAAUGGCCAUAUGGGACGCUAUUUAUGAGAAUCAUAAUUUCAAUUAAAUGUUAAGUGUUAAGACUUUGUGAUGUUAGUUUUGUAGGUACAUUUCUGUUGUGUUGGAUUGUCACUGCAGGUAGAAAGAAAAAAUUGAUUUUGAAUCUCACUAAUUGAAAA